AAAGCCACUCCUUUCCCAGGACACAUGAGAGAUGGUUGAGGAACGGAGGCUAGAAAAAUGCACUGAAACCCAAAACAGCUUUAUAAUAUUUUACAGCCCUUUUGACAUUGACUCUGGUUUUAUUUUGGAGAUAAGGGAGUUUUUGUUUUGUAUUUGUUUUGUGUUCUUUUUUGCAGUAUGUAUUAUAUGUUGCUUUUGUUUUGAACUCACAACACAAGCGGCGGCAGCUUCAGAGUAAGAUUUUAUUUUUUUGUGUGACCCACAUACUUGAUGAAGAUGUGGUCUAUGAAGGUCAUCAUCCUCCUCCUGUUCUGCUAUGCUUGUCUUUCAACUGGCAACAAGAGAGUGUAUUUUGUCUCCAGAAACUUUCAAAACGAGCUCCGCUGGGACCCCAUGACACCGGCCUUCCCUGGACAAAAAGUCCUCUAUACCGUCCGGUACUGGAGUGAUGCUGAGGAGCAGCCGUUCCAGGUAAAACAAGAGUGUCAGAACAUCACUGCUUUGUCCUGUGACCUGACUGCAGAGACCCCAUCGCUUCAUGAUGUUCACUACCGUGCUCAGGUGUACGCCAACGGUCGAGUGUACAACAGCACCAACAGGUUCAAACCUAUAGCAGAGACUAUUUUUGGUCCGCCCACGUUGUCUUACUACACAACAGUGUCAUCCUUGCAUGUUAAUGUCACCCUGCCAUUGGGGCCGAAUGGAGUUUCCGUUGCGGACAUCAUCACCAGAAGCAUAAAAGGGCCCUCCAAAGUUGCAUUAGUUUAUACCUUAAAAAUCACCUACCCAAAGUGGGCUGUGCUGGUCAACAAGUCCACAACUGGCCGGUUUGUCAUCAACUUGAAGAACAACCAAACCAAGUACUGUGGCAACGUGAUCUACAAGCCUUGUACUGAGCAUGGUCGGCCAGAGAGUGAGAGUGCUACCUUCUGUGUCACACUACAUGGUGACCCUCUGAAGUUCUUGCCAUGGCUUCUCGUGAGUGCUGCUCUUCUAGCCAUAAUCAUAACCUCAGUUGUGUGUAUGUGCAACUACGUGAAGGGUGGAAAGGAGAAAAGCUUGCCACCGUCAUUGGUAACCACUAUCAGCAGCCCACCCACAGUACUGCAUCCAGAUAGGAAUAUCGUCAUUUCCAAACCGGAGUUCUACGUUCAAAGUGAACAAACUGUUUACGCGACGAUCCGGGCGAAGCCAAAUAUGCCCUCAGUUGGGACUGGAGGUUAUUCCCCUCAGGACAUCCCCUACCAAGCCAAACAAGGCAGCACUGGCUCCUUUGUGAGCACAGGUGGACACAGUCCGACCCCAAAUACUGAAGACACGAGCGCCCAGUCCUCCGAAAUCUACAGUGUAGUGGCUGUGGCUGUCCACGUGCCUGCUGAACAGAAUGAAGGCUUUCAGCAGGCUAUCAAUGACAACAGACAAACCAGUAACCUGCCACUGUCCUCCAGUGGAGAAAGCUGGGAUAGAGGGGGAACAAAUCCAAAGAUGACCUUUCAAGGAGGACCACCAUCACCUGAUCUGGACUCUUGUGAGAGCAAUCCACUGCUGUUGCACACGGUGCGGGACACCAAUGGAGAACUCAUUUUGCCUUCACUCACUUUUAAGUUACUGGGCAGCACAGGUGACAAAGUAUCACCACGUAACUCAGAGAGAAAACUCCUUUUAUCUGACCUCAUAGACUCAAAGGACGGGCCAUCAUUGGCAUCCUUGCAGAGCUUCGAUGGCUCAGAGUUGACAGACUCAGGGUGUGACGACAGCACUGUAAACACGCCAACCCUACCGUACUGCAACACCAAUUACUGCCCAUCUCAAAUAGUUACUUCAUAUUUCCAACAGGGAUUUCAGAACACACCAUCUAGUGAUGUCAUAUUUGAAUCAGGUUACAAACAAAACUGGAUGCCUUCAUCCAAAGACACUUGUAAAUACAGGACAAACUAUCUGUGUAACCGGACUGCUUAUGAAGAGGAGGAGGAAGGUGAGGAAGAAGAGAGAGGAGGAGAGGAGAGAUCAAAGCAGCUCCUUCUCGGAGGUUGGGGGUUAAAGAUUCAAGAAUAAUUCUCCUUCCUCUCUAUAACCGUUAAGGCCUAAAACCUGCUUUUAUUUUCCACUUACCUUAAAGACAUUUCAUCGCAGUAACAAAAGAGGGAGGAGGAAGUUAAUGAGAGCACUGACAGGUACUUUGGUUACAAUGCAGACUUUAAUGGCUUUGCUGUUUGUUGUGCGGCAAAUGAUGCAGAGACAGAUGUUUAAACUCUCCUGAAAUAUGGUUCAAACCUCUGGACCCUUAUAUACAUUUCAUGUCAAAGAUGUGAUAUACUAUGCUCUGCUGUGAAUCUGGUAUUAUUUAUUUAUUAAUCCACGAUUACGAAAAUAGGUAUGAAUAGUGUUGAAUUGUGAGUUUACAGUUUAUAUGAAGAACUCAGUGUAUAUACUUGUAAAGCCCUUGUUUACUUGGUCAAAUAACCACAUUUUUACAAACAGAAUUUGUAUUUAAAAGAUGUAGAACUGCUGGAAGCUGAACCCAAAGUUUACCUCUUUCAUAGGUGAUAUAAUCCAAUCUUCUAUUGUCAUGUCAGGGUUAAGAAGGCAAUGCAACCAUGAUAUCCUCCUGAGACCCAAAGUUUUGUUUGGUAAACAUUUUUAAUUUCUCCUAGAUAUUUGGGAUCAGUAGGACCCAACAAGUUAAAAAAAAAAAAACCUAAACACUGUCGAUGAUAAUUAAGUCCCAAUGUCCUCAAACAAGACAACGUUAAAGUCCCAACGUCUUCAAACGGGUACUUCCUAAUUAACAGCGUCUUAGUUUGUUACUGUUGCUAAAAUUGGUCAAAUGUGUUGCCAUAUCAAACUAUCAACAUUAUUAAUCAUAAAUAAACAAGUUUCAACCAUUAAAUGUGAUCAGGUUUUGGACCUUGUCCUUUUUUGUAUCUGGAUCGGCUACAGGCUGACUUGGCAGAGAUGGCAGCCAUUUUGUUUUUACAUGGAUGAGUGUAUUGUGCUCUUACUACCACUAGAUGGCACAGAAAGUGUCCACGAAUGAGGACAACAGGUCUGAGUGAAGUGGAGUGAAGUUUAAGGUGCAGUAAACCCAAAAUGUAAUGUCCUCGUAUGAGGACAUGGAGUCUCAGGGGGAUACAAAGUUCGAAGUGUCUCCUAUUUUUAUUAUUUCAGUAUAUCUCAGUAUAUUUCACAUCAACAUUUACAUUGUGUCUAAAGCUUUUGAGACAGCUAAAAUCUGUUUUGUUUGUAAUGGAAAAAACACAUGAUCACAGUCAUCAUGUUUGCACUGCACCGUAAGCAGUCUAAAAGGCAGUUUAAAUUACUUUCUUGUGGGUUUACUUUUUCAAAAGGGCUGCAAUCACACGUAGUCAGCACGUGCAUUUGUGUGCCAUCACUAUGACCACACAUUAUUGCAUGUUAGUACACGUUCUUAAAUACACAAACUCAAUCUGGUCACUUUUAAUUUACACUGUGGACAGUCAGCCUUAAAGAUUAGAUAUGAGGAUAAACCUGAUUACUUCGUGCCUGAACAAAGCAUUAAACACGGCCGUCGCCCACUGUCACGUUCUGAGCUGUUUAAAAUGAGACUCAAAUGACUGAAUUCCUGCUAGAUAUUAACAUAUUCCUAUUUCUACACUCACCAACAUAUUUCAGUAUUAUCAGUGUUUGCAUCUGUACAUAAAAAAAGAGAAAUGUUUUCUGUUUUUCUGACUCUCAGAGUUCAUGAACUCAUUUUGUUCCCCUCAUUGUUUGCUGUUCUUUCAGGGGAAGAAAAUAGAGCGUGUAAAAAACAUAUUAGAAGGUGGGGUCAUGGUGCAACUGAUAACAGUUUGGUUUUUAAUAGCAUGAGCUCAAUCCUUUAUACACAGUUGUAAAGUAAUAAUGUCAGGUGUGUUGAAACAGUGCAAACUGAGUCAUGUAUGGACACAUUGUGGGGAACAAUAUAGAUUGUAUCGAACAUCUGUACUUCUAUUGUGUGGACAAGAGGGUCUGCCAAAUGAAUGUAAAUGAAUGAACGUGAUAUAAAGUUGCAACCUUGUUUUAUUCUGUAUUUACAGACAUUAUUUUCUACUAAAAUAUACGUUUGAAAGGUCAUACUUGAAAGUUUAAGUUGCUAAGAUUCUGAAAGGUGAACAUUAGAGCAGUGGUUCCCAACUGGUCCAGACAUGGGGUCCAGAUUUCUCCUUAGUCAUUAGUUCAAGGUCCACCCAGUUUACAUUCAGCGUCAUACUUCUGUUUGGCCAUGUCGUUGAACUAGUUUGCCAUCUCUGCCAAGAAGCUGUCCCUUAGUCACUCGCUCUACAGCAGAAAACGGCACUUCGAAAUAAAAGCUCCGUGCUGGAAUUCUACUGUACUGAAAAGUGAAGUGUGUUUUUACAAACUUGACUCAUUUGUGAGUCAGUUGAGGUCCAUUCAAACAGGGCCUAUGACCCACUUUUGGGACAUGACCCACCAGUUUGGAACCACUGCAUUUGAGAACCUUUUCUCCCAAACUGUAGCUACCACAAUCGAAAACUAAGAGACAUAUGUAUUUCUUUGUUUGGUUUGGGGAAGGUUGUGAAAGUAUUUUGAACUCCUUCUCUCUAAAGCAAUGUCUUCACUCAGUUAAAACUUGCAAUCCUGCUGUGAAACAACAUUCUUAGUCACUAGUUUCUGUCCUUCGUCUCCAGGUGAGGUGGAUAAAACGAGUCAAUAAUAAACUUGUGUGGCAUAUUAAA